CCCCGUCGCCCGGCAGUCCGUCCGUCCGUCCGUCCAGUCAGCCGACCCCGGCCGCUGCGCAGCACCCCCCAUGGCUCCCGCCGGCGACCGGGCCGGCUACUGGGGCCCGCCGACCUCCACCCUCGACUGGUGCGAGGAGAACUACGUCGUCUCCCACUACAUCGCCGAGUUCUGGAACACCGUUAGCAACCUGUUUUUCAUCCUACCUCCAAUCUAUGGUGCAAUUCAGUGUUACAAAGACGGCCUUGAAAAACGGUAUUUGGCUGCUUAUAUGGGCCUCAUGGCUGUGGGUUUGGGAUCGUGGUGCUUUCACAUGACCCUGAAGUAUGAAAUGCAGCUGUUGGACGAGUUGCCCAUGAUCUACGGCUGCUGCACAUUUGUCUACUGCCUGUACGAGUGUUUCAAGUACAAGAACACCGUCAAUUAUCCACUCCUGUUUCUACUAGGAACCUACAGCAUCGGCGUCACCACAGUUUACCUAAACUGGAAGCAGCCAGUAUUUCAUCAGGUUAUGUACGGGACGCUGGUCUUGGUCUUAGUACUGCGAUCCGUAUAUAUAGUGAUGUGGGUAUAUCCCUGGCUCAGGGGUUUGGGUUAUACGUCCCUGACGCUAUUUCUAAUGGGAUUUUUUCUUUGGAACAUAGACAACAUUUUCUGUGACAGACUGAGGUGA